AUGGUCGGACGCCUGCAAGAAUCCCGCUGCAAAGCCGUGUUUGUGGAACUGAAGAAUCUGGUCCUGACCUCAUCAUGGAAGGGCAUUUCCCUGCCAGCCAACACCUUCAAGUCGAUCGUCUGCAGCGCCGCCACGGCUGAGCAUCAGUGUGGUCUGACCACCGAACAAGAAUACUAUGCGCGACUAGCAUUGGACUUUGGCCAACCCGCCGAAGAAAUGGAAGCCUCCUUCAAUGCCAUCCGUGACAGCCUCAGCCCCAACCAAGCCGUGAUGAACUCCCUCGCCGCUGUCAAGGCCCGCUACGACGGCCGUCUAAAGCUGUACGCCUUGACGAAUCUCUCGCGCGAGGACUUCGCCGCAGCCAAGCGACUAGGCAUUGACUGGUCGUGUUUUGACCGCAUCUUUGUCUCCAGCGAGAUAGGCAUGCGGAAACCGGAGCUGCGGUUCUACAACGCCAUUCUCGAUCAAUUGCACCUCCGCGCCGAAGAUGCCGUGCUCAUCGACGACGACACGGACAAUUUACUCGCCGCCAUGUCCCUCGGCAUGGAGGGUCUUCUCUACCCAGACGUCUCGGUCAACCAGGCCAUCGUCAACUUACUCGAGGGGGAUUCGAUAGGACGGGCAUUGAGUUUCCUGAAACGGAACUCGAAGAACUUUAACUCCAUCACGCAGACUGGCAUUACCAUCCGGGAAAACUUUGCCCAGUUGUUGAUUCUCGAAGUUACGGGCGAUGAAUCCUUGGUAGAAAUCGAUCCCCACGAGACGACCUGGAACUAUUUCAUUGGCCCGCCCGUCAUCUCCCCAACAUACUCACCAGAUGACUUUGACACAACAUCACUCGCAACAACAGUCCUAGACCGACCCUCCCACAUAGCCCACCAAGUAAUGGACAUUGUGCUGAAAUACCGGACGCCCGACGGUCUAGUACAGAGUUUCAUGACAGACCUGAAGAACCGAGUCGACCCGGUAGUCUGCUGUAACGUCCUGAGCGUGUUCUACAAAUACGGCCGGGGCACAGAGCUAGCCGAGACGCUAGAGUGGGUGGUGCAGGUGCUGCAGCGACGGGCAUAUAUCAACGGCACGUCGUACUACCCGAUGCCAGAGUCGUUUCUCUACUUCUUCUCUCGGUUCCUGUCGUAUCUGAAGCCGCAUAACAGUGUGCUCUAUGGGAAACUGCGGGUCGUGCUCGCGGAGCGGCUGAGGGAGCGAUUGGGGGUGCCGGUUGACGUUGCUAGUCUGGCGAUGCGGUUGAUUGCCGGUGAUGAGGUUGGCGUGUUUGAUCGGCGGGGGUUGGUGGAGUUGCGCAAGGCGCAGAAUGAAGAUGGGGGGUGGGCUUUUGGGACGUUGUAUCGCUUUGCGUCGAAGCAGUUGUCUGUUGGCAAUCGUGGUGUUAGUACGGCGUUUGCGAUAGAGGCUAUUCGGCGGAGUCAGCGUUGGGAUGAUUAG